CCUUUGCUCCGGCCAGGAUGGUGCUGCUGACUAUGAUCAGCCGCGUGCAGGACGGGCUUCUCUUAGCAGCCUCCAUGCAAGAAACGGAGCAGUCUAACCGGAACUUCCAAGAAUAUCACAACCAAGCAAAGCAACUUUUCCGGAAACUCGGGGAACAUUCACCGACGCGGUGCUCCCUAGAAGCCGGACCAAUGACUUUCCAUUACUUGAUCAGCCAAGGCGUUUGCUACCUGACGCUGUGUGACGCCGGGCAGCCCAAGAAGUUGGCAUUCUCCUACCUGGAAGAGCUGCAAGCAGAGUUUUGGGAGCUGUACGGGAAGAAGGUGCCCUUUGUGUCGAGGCCUUAUGCCUUCAUCGAAUUCGACACGUACAUCCAGAAGCUGAAGAAGUCGUACCAGGACACCUGGUCGAAGCGCCACCUGAACAGCAUCAACCUAGAGCUGCAAGAUGUUCAGAAGAUCAUGGUGACCAACAUUGAAGAGGUCCUCCAGAGGGGAGAGACCUUGUCAGCUCUGGAUUCUAAAGCCAGCAACCUGUCGACUCUCUCCAAGAAAUACCGCCACGAUGCCAAAUUUCUCAAUAGCCGCUCCGCUUACGCCAAAGCCGCCGCCACCAGCCUGGUCUUUGUGGUGAUCAUGCUCUACAUCCGCUUCUGGUGGCUGGUCUGACGG